ACCAGUCUUUCCAUAUGGGGAUGGGGAAGCCUUGGUGUUGUGCUCUUUCUAGUAACUUUUGGACCCUUUGCUAUAUUUUACUUUGCGUUUUAUAUCCUCUGCUUUGUGGGUGGGGGUUUUGUGGUUACUCUCUUAUUUGGAAAAACAAAUUCAGAAAAGUACCUUGAACAGUGUGAACACUCAUUUCUUCCUCCUACGUCUGUUGGGAUUUUUAAGUGUACAGAAGAAAUGAAAUGUGAAGCCAGGCCUAUUAAGAUUGACAGAAGAUUGACAGGUGCCAAUAUAAUUGAUGAACCUUUGCAACAAGUAAUCCAGUUUUCACUGAGGGACUAUGUCCAGUACUGGUAUUAUACACUAAGUGAUGAUGAGUCCUUUCUUCUUGAAAUCAGGCAGGCUCUUCAAAAUGCACUAAUUCAGUUUUCUACUAGGUCAAAAGAAAUGGACUGGCAGCCUUAUUUCACCACACGACUUGUUGAUGAUUUUGCCACUCAUCUUCGAGUAUUCAGAAAAGCUCAACAAAGGAUAACAGAAAAAGAUGAUCAAAUGAAAGGUACAGCAGAAGACCUUGUAGAUACGUUCUUUAAGGUUGAAGUUGAAAUGGAGAAGGAAGUCUGUCGUGAUCUAGUCUGCACUUCUCCCAAAGAUGAAGAAGGAUUCCUAAGGGAUCUGUGUGAGGUGUUACUGUAUUUAUUGCUACCUCCUGGAGACUUCCAGAACAAGAUCAUGCGAUACUUUGUCAGGGAAAUCCUCGCCCGAGGAAUUCUUCUUCCAUUAAUAAACCAGCUCAGUGAUCCUGAUUAUAUUAAUCAGUAUGUCAUAUGGAUGAUUCGUGAUUCCAAUUGUAACUAUGAGGCCUUCAUGAAUGUUAUUAAAUUAAGUGACAAUGUAGGGGAGCUGGAAGCAGUAAGAGAUAAGGCUGGAGAAGAACUGCAAUAUCUUCGAUCCUUAGAUACAGCAGGAGAUGAUAUCAAUACUAUAAAAAAUCAAAUAAACAGCUUAUUAUAUGUUGUUAAAGUAUGUGAUUCAAGAAUACAGAGGUUGCAGUCAGGAAAAGAAAUAGAUACUGUGAAACUGGCAGCAAACUUUGGAAAACUUUGCACAGUCCCUCUGGACAACAUUCUGGUAGACAAUGUUGCACUACAAUUUUUUAUGGAUUACAUGCAGCAGACUGGAGGCCAAGCACAUCUCUUCUUCUGGAUGACAGUGGAAGGGUACAGGGUUACAGCACAGCAACAGCUGGAGGUGUUACUAAGCCGGCAGAGAGAUGGAAAACAUCAGACUAAUCAAACCAAAGGCCUAUUAAGAGCAGCGGCAGUUGGAAUUUAUGAGCAGUACUUAUCAGAGAAGGCAUCUCCGAGAGUUAAUAUUGAUGACUCCUUGGUAGCAAAACUGGCAGAAACAUUGAACCAUGAGGAACCAACACCUGAAAUCUUCGAUGACAUUCAGAGAAAGGUGUAUGACUUGAUGCUGCGGGAUGAAAGAUUUUACCCUUCAUUCAAACAAAAUGCUCUGUAUGUGCGCAUGUUAGCUGAACUGGAUAUGCUGAAGGAUCCUAGUUUCAGAGGAUCAGAUGAUGGGGAAGGAGAAUCUUUUAAUGGGUCCCCUACAAGCAGCAUAAAUUUGUCCUUAGAUGACCUUUCAAAUGUCUCUUCUGACGAGUCAGCACAACUACAUGCAUACAUUUCAGAUACUGUCUAUGCUGACUAUAACCCAUAUACUGUGGCAGGAGUAUGCAACGACCAUGGCAAGACAUAUGCACUGUAUGCGAUCACUGUACAUCGGAGAAAUCCAACUAGUGAAGAGAUAUGGAAAACGUAUCGUCGCUACAGUGACUUCCAUGACUUCCACAUGAGGAUAACUGAACAGUUUGAAAACCUAGCAAGUAUUUUGAAGCUUCCUGGCAAAAAGACAUUUAACAACAUGGACAGAGAAUUUUUAGAGAAGAGGAAAAAAGAUUUAAAUGCAUAUUUGCAGUUGUUGUUAAAUCCUGAAAUGAUGAAAGCUUCCCCAGCUUUAGCCCAUUGUGUGUGUGACUUUCUGGAGAAUAAAGCUUACAGCAAAGGAAAAGGAGAUUUUGCUCGAAAGAUGGACACAUUUGUAAAUCCACUGCGUAACUCUAUGAGAAAUGUUUCAAAUGCAGUCAAGUCCCUGCCUGACAGCCUGGCAGAGGGGAUGACUAAAAUGUCAGACAACAUGGGCAAAAUGUCAGAAAGAUUGGGACAAGACAUAAAGCAAUCAUUUUUCAAGGUGCCUCCUUUAAUGCAGAAAACUGAUUCCGAUCCUGAACACUGCCGUGUUGCCGCACAGCUUGAUGACAAUGUGGAUGACAAUAUCCCUCUUAGAGUAAUGCUGCUCCUUAUGGAUGAAGUCUUUGAUUUAAAGGAGAGAAAUCAGUGGUUAAGAAGAAAUAUAAAAAAUCUACUUCAACAGCUUAUUAGAGCAACAUAUGGAGACACGAUCAAUAGAAAAAUAGUUGAUCAUGUUGACUCGAUGACGUCUCCUGAGCAAGUAGCAGAUGCAGUGAAACGCUUCAGAGAUGCCUUUUGGCCCAAUGGCAUUUUAGCAGAAACUGUUCCACGCAGAGACAAAGAUAUUAGAAUGCGAACGAGAGUGGCAGGGAAAACUAAACUACUGGAGAUAAUGCCAGAUGAACUGAAGCACAUCAUAGGUGCUGAGACAACACGGAAAGGCAUUCUUCGGGUCUUUGAAAUGUUUCAGCACACUCAACUAAAUAAGAGAAUGGUAUAUGUCUUUCUGGAGGGCUUCCUGGAAACCUUAUUUCCACAAUAUAAAUUCCAUGAGCUCUUCAGCAAACUGCAUUCACGGUCAGAGCAGAUGCAGAGAUACAAGCAGAGACUACAAUCUACUCAAGCGCCUUCCUUACAGAAAAGAUCUACAUACUGUAAAUUAAGUCCUUUCCCUUAUGAUUUCCAGGAAGGCAAAGACAGCACAUGUGGAAGAUUCCUUCCCCAUAGCCCCAUCUAUGUAUAUUUCACCAGGUUCUAA